AUGUACCCUGUAGGCUGCCAAUGUGCCGAGACAUCUCCACAAAUUAGUGUCGUCCUACCAAAGUCGUUACAUAUUUCCCCAGAUUAUCGCUUAAUUAUCUUGGUGGCCUGGUUCGGGGUCAGCGGAGGUGCCGGAAUAAUUUGUAGAGGUUCCGCUCGCUUCCCAAAUCUCCUAGUCGAAAGUGAAGCCGGGCCCAGUCAGCUAUCUGUCAAUGCAUGA